AUGCUGGGCUUCGACGACUUGCCAUCGGAAAUGGUCGCUUUGAUUUUGGCACAUACGCACCCGCGCCAACUUGUCGCCUGUCGUCUCGUAUGUCGCUUGUGGCACGAUGUCAUCGACGGCAUGCCGGCGUUACAAUACAAGACCGAACUCUGGAGGGACGGCCUGCUGGAAGGGAACUCCCAUGGUCUGCGGCCCGACGAAUGUCUUGCCCGGCUACGCGUCCGACGAGAGGCAUGGAACAGCUUGCGGUGGUCCGAGAAGUAUACGGCCCCAAUGGAGAAUCCCGAGGACUGCCGGGCGUUCGAAAUGUUUGGCGGGGUAUUCGGGCUCCAGGAAAGCGAUGCGGGUCAACUGCAAGUGGUGACUCUCCCGAGGCUCGCAGAUUCGGGGCACACAGACGGGACUGCAGGCAACGCUCUUUGGACCGGCUCGGUACACCUCCCCGGACAUGUAGUUGAGGACUUUGCUAUCGACGUGGCAGAGGACUUGAUUGCCAUUCUUCACAUCGACGGAGACCAAGAGGGAUUCGGAACACUGGCGCUCCGCUCACUCACGCUGCCCAAUUUUGCCCAUCCUGAGGCUGCUAGGCCCGAAAUCAGAUUCGUUUGCGACGACUACGAGGUAGAGGAUAUGACAAUGCAAGUUGUUGACGACGUCGUGGCAGUUAUCCUCCUUUCCACCCAGAGGCUUGUCUUGUUCGACUGGCGCAAUGGCGAGUGCGUGCUUGACUGGGACUUUGCGUUCCUGCGCGCUAUUGAGUGCCACCUACUUGCGCCUCGUUUGUUGCUGCUUGUUUGCAGGCCAGCGCCAAACUCAGGGGAUUCAGAUUCGACGGUCAAUCUGCCUACUCCGCCAAGCGACAUUGAUGAUGAUGGGUGUCUCCAAAUUCAUGUGCUCCCUGAUAUUCUGGGGCUGGACAUUGCCGCACCAAUGCGUGUCGCCACGCUGCACCUCCCACCGCUCAGUACCGACCAGAUCCAACUUUCGACGGCAUCGCUCUUUGCUGGGGCCUACGCGGCCCGUCCCCCACCCCAAGCACCGUUCUACCAAGCUAACGACAGGCGGGUCGUGUCAUUCGUGAUCCGAUAUAGCCCAGGAGGGCGAAUGCGACUUGUGUUCCAUAUUCACACUGUUCUCCGCCUCGUCAAGGCCUGGCGAACCGAUGGCCAAGUUCGCGAGCUCCAGUGGAAUGCAUGGGGUCCGAAGGAAACAAGAAUGUGGGUCGGCAGCUUGGAUGCGGUCGGACUAUUUUGGCCCAGACAUGUUCACGGUGAACGCCUCAUUAUGCCAACUGCCUCUAGGCGUGCAAUCCGAAUCUUGGACUUUAACCUGCCGCCCACUAGUACUGCGCCGGUUGGCGAAGACGGCACCAUAACAGCAGCACAGACCUCCGCUGAAGGAGCGCAAGUCAGCAAGCUCAAAUACGUGCUCUCUGUCGAUGUCCAGGGCGAAGAGGAGGAGAUUCCCGUAGACGACAUCGAGCCGGACUGCAACGUACUUCACUUCCAAACCUCUGACUGUCAGAUGAAAGCGGUCGCAACUGUGUACGUGCCUAUUGCUGAGGCAGCAGACUGGGGAAAUGAGCGCUCAGGAGAUUUGUCUUUGAGGGACAUGGAGCGCACCCUUGAUAUCGGUGUGUUCCAGCAUGCGAUGCACACAUCCCUUCCGUAUCGAGAAAUCCGGCGCGUGAUACGUCCGCACGGUACACGCCUACCGGGAGAGGCACAGACUGGUAAUAGUGGUGUCGAUGAAGAAGAGUGGGUUGAUAAGCGCGAUGCACCAAGGUACGGGAUGGCGGUGAUGGAUGAACAAUGGAUUGUUGCGGCAGACACAGAGAAUGAUAGUACUAACAACCAUGACAUGGUGUUUCUCAAGAUGGGCUGA